AUCACAUCCAAUCUUCUUCUCUACACUCAGGUCCAUGAGAAGACAGUGAAGAAGACUCUGAUGAUGUUGAAGUCGAAGAUCAAAGGUUUGGAGCAAUAGAGAGGAUGCCCUGUGUUGUACAUACUUUGCAACUUGUGGUUAACAUAGUCCACAAAGAAGCAAGUGUUAAACGCCUCAUAGACAGAGUUCGACUACUUGUUAUGCUCUUCCGCAAGUCAUCGGUGGCAACAGAGCAAUUACUGCAUCUUUCUGGUCUCACUUUGAUCAAAGACUGCCCCACUAGAUGGUCCAGCACCUACCUGAUGAUAACACGUCUUAUUGAUCUGAAGGACUCACUUACUCAAGUAGCUGAUACGAUGGGCUGGGAUUCUCUGCUUCCAAGUGAGUGGCAAAGGCUCACUGCACUCAGAGAUCUGCUUCUUCCCUUCGCUGAGCACACCCAGAUGCUCCAGAGUGACACAAUGUCCUUAUCUCUGGUGGUGCCUGCCCUCCUGGACCUGAGUGCUCACUUAUCUGAGUUUCCCCAGGCCCAAGGUUCAAGCCACAAGGACAUAUCUUCUCUGGCAAAGAAGAUGAAGGCAAACCUAGACCAACGCUUUAGCUGCUUCCUUAAUCCCAGUGAUUCAAAAUUCUCACCCCUUGCUACUGCUGCAUGCUUCCUUGAUCCGACAGUCUCAGCUGAUGCAUUCAUUGGAAUUGAUGACGAACACAUACAGGAUCUACUGAGUAGAGCAGAACAAUACAUUGCUCAAAUGGUGUCCUCUGUAAGAAUGCAAGAGGAUGCUGUUGAACAUCAGGGAGGUGACGAGGAAUGUGAGGAGCAGGAGCCACAUGCAAAGUGACCCAGAUUUAGAUUUCUAACAAAAGCAAGUUCAAAUCGGACAUCUGGACCUAGCAACACAAAGCUCUGUGUCAGGCAGGAAAUUCGAAGAUUCAAAGAGAAGCUGUCACAGUCCAUACAUGAAGAGACUGCCUUUGGCUUUUGGGCUACACAUGGCUCUACCUAUCAGCUUCUAAAACCCCUAGCCCAAGACCUUCUCACUAUGCCUGCAUCUCAGGCAUUUGCUGAGAGAGUUUUCAGUAUCACAGGUGACCUGAGUCGUGGACGCAGGAAUCGAGCCAGGUUGAUCUUGGAAAGAAGCGCUUUUCUAAAAAUGAAUCGCAGUCAAUAGCCUGCCAAAUUGCCAAUUGAUAUCAUACUAUGUUUGUUGGUUGCCUGAUGUUAGGCCAUGUUUAUUUUGUAGGCAUUUAUGCAUUAUUUUAUUUGUUUUUACCCUCUGACAAUCAAACAAGUUUACAAUAGCACAUUUUUGAUCAAUGUAGAGUAUAUAAAGGAUUGACUAACUAAAAUUGUAUUUACACACAAUAAGGAUUAAUUGCAAUCACUCUUAUUUAUGGACAAAGUAAUUCAAUAAAUAUACCAUACACGUUUUAAGCAUGUAUUUUUAUGUUUGUUUAAAAUGUGUUCCUAAUGGUUUAUCACAUUAAUACCACUUUUAUCUAUCCUUAAUGUAUGAUUGUGCCUUGUAAAUUAGUGAGGACAGCACAGCAAGCUACAUAUAAUGUAGCUCUCAAAAAAUGUAAUGAUUAUUAUUGUCCAAAGACUACAUAAAAUAGCUAUCAAUCAAAAUGAACGUUGGUAACUGCAUUCUGACUAAAAGUAAUGACUAAAACAUAACAAAAAUGUAAUGACUUUCGUCGACUAAAACUAGACUAAAACUAUGAAGGACA